AUGUCAGGAGGCAGCAGGGUAAUCGUCGUCGUCGUCUGCCUCGCCGUCGUCGCAGCAGCAGCAGCACGGCCGGCUCCCAUCGCCGGCGGGACGUCGUCGUCGCGUGCAGCGGCGGCGGCGGCCAACGGGACAUGCCAGUCCAGGGCGGCGCCGUUUGGCUACGCGUGCGAAGAGCACACGGUGACAACAGAGGAUGGGUACAUCCUGAGCUUGCAGCGGAUCCCGAGCGGCCGCGGCGAGACGACGGCGACGGCAGCCGGCGGCAAGGUACCGGUGCUGUUGCAGCACGGCCUCAUGAUGGACGGGGUGACAUGGCUGAUGAACUCGCCGGAUGAGUCGCUAGGGUACAUUCUAGCGGACAACGGGUACGAUGUCUGGAUCGCGAAUACCCGUGGGACCGUCUACAGCCGCCGUCACAUCUCGCUCGCAUCGACUGACUCGGCAUACUGGAACUGGUCAUGGGACGAGCUGGCCAGCAAUGACCUACCGGCGGUAGUGAAGUACGUGUACAGCCAGGCCGGUCAGCAGAAGAUGCACUACGUUGGCCACUCCUUGGGCACGUUGAUCGCGUUGGCAGCACUGAGCGAGCAGCAGCAGGAGGUCGUCGGGAUGCUGCGGUCGGCCGGCCUGCUCAGCCCGAUCGCCUUCCUCGGCAAUCUGUCGUCGCCGCUGGCGCGGGCGGCGGCCGACGUCUUCCUCGCCGAGGCGCUCUACUGGCUGGGGCUUAGCGAGUUCGACCCUACCGAAGAAUCAGUUCACAGCCUGGUCACUGACAUUUGCAAGCAACCAGGCAUCGAUUGCUACAAUCUCAUGUCAGCAUUCACAGGUGACAACUGCUGCCUGGACAACUCCUCUGUCCAAGUCUUCCUUGCCCAUGAGCCUCAGGCUACAGCCACCAAGAACAUGAUUCACUUGGCUCAGAUGAUCAGAGGAGGCAGGCUCGCCAAGUACGACUACGGCGACACCGGCGGCAACAUGGCUCACUACGGCCAGGCGACGCCGCCGGCGUACGACGUCGCGGCGAUCCCGAGCGGCUUCCCUCUCUUCCUCAGCUCCGGCGGCCGGGACAGCCUCUCCGACGCGCAGGACGUGCGCCGCCUCCUGCGGGCGCUGGCGCAGUCGCCGCGCGACGGCGACGAGCUGACGGCGCAGUUCGUCGCCGACUACGCGCACGCCGACUUCGUCAUGGCGCGGGACGCCGGGGAGAGGGUGUACGCGCCUCUCAUGGCCUUCUUCAAGCUCCACGAGAAGUGA